CGUCAGCUGCUCUGUCUGUCUGAUGAAAGUCUGAACGCGCUUUCCCUCGUCCGCGUCGCCUUCCGGGCAGCGGAGCGGGGAGGCAGGCCACUUGCUGCUGCAGCCGCUCGCUUUUCAUUUCCUUCCCCCACUCGCCCGCCGGCCGGUUAAAAACCUCCCCGAAAUCAAUUCAAUCAUCGAGCAAGCAAAGGGGAAUCGGAAUCGGUCGCCUCCCCUCCCUCCUCCCCUCCCACCACCAACCCUUCUUCCUCUUCCGGUUCCCCUCUCUUUCUCUCGAGUCUCUACUACCGCCGCCGCCGCCGCCGACUGUCCGACUACUCUCGUAGCUGCCCUGCCUCCUGCAAGCAGCUGCCUUUGUUUCGAUCAGCUCCCUGCUCGCGCGGCCGGCCGGAUCGCCGGCGGCAACUCCCCUUGCUGCGCCGGCGCUUUCCGACCAGAUCUGAGACUCUCGCCCCCCACAAAGGCCCCGUCUUCCGCCCAAAGCCGCCGCCUUUCGCGAUGGCCUCGUCCCCCACGGCGGCCUCCGGGGCGUCCUACUGGUGCUACCAGUGCGACCGCUUCGUGCGCGCCGCGCCGCAGCAGGAGGGCGGCGGCGGCGACUCCCCGUCCGCCGCCGUCGCCUGCCCGGCCUGCGGCGGCGGCUUCCUCGAGGAGAUGGGCGCGCCCCCGCCCCGGGCCGCCUACCUCCGCCGCCCGCGCGCGCACCACCACCACCACGCCGCGGCAGUCGCCGACCUGCGCCUCCGCCGCGCCCGCCGCGGCGGGGGCGGCGGCGCCGGGGGCGCGGGCGCCGACACCCGAGCGGGGCCCUUCAACCCCGUCAUCGUGCUUCGCCGCUCCCCCGCCGGCGGGGACGCCGACGAUGCCGCAGCCGCCGCGAGCAGCUUCGAGCUCUUCUACGACGACGGCGCUGGCUCGGGGCUCCGCCCACUCCCCGAGAGCAUGUCCGACUUCCUCAUGGGCUCGGGGUUCGAGCGCCUCCUCGACCAGCUCGCGCAGAUCGAGGCCGGCGGCCUCGCCCGCGCGCGCGACCACCCGCCGGCCUCAAAGGCCGCCGUGGAGUCCAUGCCCGUCGUCGCCGUCGACGCCGCCCGCGUUGCCGCCGAGUCCUACUGCGCCGUCUGCAAGGAGCCCUUCGAGCUCGGCGCCGAGGCGCGCGAGAUGCCCUGCAGCCACAUCUACCACGCCGACUGCAUCCUGCCUUGGCUCGCGCUCCGCAACUCCUGCCCGGUCUGCCGCCACGAGAUGCCCACCGACGCGCCGCGCGCCGGGGCGCGGGCCGCCGGCGAGGGCGCCGAGGAGGAGGCCACCGUCGGCCUCACCAUCUGGAGGCUCCCCGGCGGCGGCUUCGCGGUCGGAAGGUUCGCCGGCGGGAGGAGGCCCGAGGAGAGGGAGCUCCCCGUCGUGUACACGGAGAUGGACGGCGGGUUCAACAACGGCGGCGCGCCCAGGAGGAUCUCCUGGGGGUCAAGGCAGAGCCCGUCCACGGAGCGGGGCGCCAUCAGGCGCAUCCUACGCAACGUCUUCGCCUGCUUCGGGCGCGGCCACUCUUCUUCGCGGGCAUCGUCCUCCCAAUCCCACACGAUGCCGGAGCUCAACGACGCGGCGUCCGACCGGAGCGCCGCCUUCAGCCAUGGGUCCAGGAGCCGGAGCACGAGCUGGCGGCUCGAGGACGGCCACGCCGAUGCCAUGGUGCAGAGAUGAGAAUUGCUGCACAAAGCUUGUUGCUUGCCUGCUUGUUUCAUUCAUGUAUUUACUUAAUGCUUAGUACUUAGAAGAAGACGAAGAAGAAACACGAAGGAUUUGUAGAACAGAGGAAUCGACUUAUUGGUGGUGUACAUAGGAGAGCAGCAUCUCAUCUCUCUAGAGACGAUGGAUGGAUUGAUGCUUGCAGGUGGGGUGGGGAAUUAUUGUUCACCGUGAAAAAUGGUGAUCCUGAAAUGAGCAUCCGGUUGGUGCAUUAGGAGGUGAUGAAAUUGUUCUUUCAUUAUUGGUAGCAAAUGGCUAGCAUGAUUGAUGGUUCUUUCGAUUGGGUUCAAUGUGGAACCAUUUUUUGCGUUUGUGAGAACACAAUGAAUGAUUGUUUCAUGUUUUGCUUCAUCGCUGGCUGUUGCACGGUUCAAUAGAAAUCUUUUCUCUUUUUUUUC